AUGUCUUCGGUCUCAGUUCCCAAGACCCCCGCCAAGGCCAGGGCCACGGCUAAUGGCACUCUUCAAUGUGCCACUCCACCUUCUACUGGCCGCAAGGGACUGCCGAAGAUUGUAACUUUGAAGUACAAUCCUCAGCGAAUGGGCACCUUCCGUUGUAACAUCCGCAACACCAUCCAGCAUCGCCGCCUUGAUUAUCACAGACUCAAUAAGAUCCUCAAGCAUCCCAACGCCCCUGUGGAGGCAACUGCUGUUGCUAUUAAUCCAUUCUACCGUGGCGAGAAGCUUGAUGGGAGCUACUACACCUGGCUUCUGGACUAUUUCGAUGGUGAUAUGCCUGAUAUCAUCCGUCGAAUCAACAAAUUUCGUGGCUUCCCUCAGAUGGACGAUGCUUCUUUCAACCCUGGCAGCGCCGAAGAGUGGCAAGCACGUUAUCGAACUGAGCAUUAUCAAAAAGAAAUGCAGCGAUACAUGCCUUAUUUGGAGGCAUACUGGAACGAGUGUGGUGACAACUUUGAGGCACAUGUCGAGUUUUUGGACAGCUUUCACGUACUCUCUGACGUGUCCACAGGCCGCCUCGAGAUUCUCCAUGGUCACGAGGACAAGCAUAUCACUGGGCCCGCUGCCAAGUCGGCUCACACAUUGUCUAACCCCCCUUGCUUCACUUGUGCAUCUAGCUGGAAUGAAGAAAAGGACUACUUCAUUCGAGAUAUUCAGAGAAAUAUCGACGACCAUAGAUACUCUACAAUAGCCUUCAUGUCAACCAUCGACAAGCAUUCGUAUGGAGGCAAUCUCCCUACAGGACAAUCUGUCGAGCAAUCCGCUGCUUCUGGUUUGUUCGUCUCACCUUACAGUCACAGGUUGGAGAAUGAAUCGCCUGGUCUCUUGUGGACUAACCGACCGAACGACAACGGGACUGAAGAACUUGCACAGAUGGCUCUCAACAUGAAGACUCCAGCUAUGGCUGUCAUUAUGGAGCCCCCGGCUACGGCUCCCUUGGACUCCACCUCAAAGGCUCCUUCGAUUCCGAGUGCCAUGCAGUAUCACAGCCCUGCUGGAGACCUGAUUACUACGCAUCCAACAUCUAUCCCCGACAGCCAGGAUUACGCACAGAUCAAGACUAGGUCCGACAUUCAGACUCUUGCGGUCGCCAAUGGCUUCGUUCCAAGUCCUCGCAAUGAUAUAGGUCUGCUACCUGGCCGCAUCUAUGCCGAAGAAGGCGGCCCUUUCCCCAUGGGCGCCUUGCGAUAUGUGUCACAGCCCGAUCCUUUCUUUAAUCACAUAUUGCGAUCACCCUCGAUUUUAGGUCCUGUGACCCCCUUGGGCGAAGCUGGGACAGCUGCCGCCGCCCAAAUCAAUGAAAUACUUACAUCGUCAUUACAUAAUGCGCCAAUGCCUCAAUAUCACGACGAGGAUGUGUCUAUCAAACGUGAUCAGCCUUUCAGCCCGAUGGUUGACGCCAACGUCAAGGAUCGACCACCAACGCCUCAUCCCUUCUCAAACGCCAACAAGCGAAAACGGGCCGUUGAAACCAUGCCCUUGACACCUGGCCUCACUUCAGCCAAGCGACGUAGAGGUAACAAUGCCAGCAAGUCUACCCGUAACACUCGUGGGAAAUGCAAGAGUAAGAGUAGCCGAAAGGGCAAGAAGAAUGAGUCUGAUGAGGACUUCGAGUUUGAGGGCGACGACCUCAACGACGAGGAGAUGAAGAUUGAAAAAUAUCUGCCGUCAAACCUUCGCCCGGCUGGGACUCGCCGCCCCCGUCCUACCCAGGGUUCCGCCAACACUACCCCGACUGUCGCCACUUUCUCUCAGGGCGAGGUCGCCGCCACAUCCGUUCGACUCGAGACCAAUGUCACACACACCCAGUCUCAGACCCUGGGCGCACCAGCUCAACGUAUGGACAAGGACGAAGACAACUCCAGUGACCUGGCCUCUCUUCCCUCGUUCUACAACCCCAAGUCCUGCUUCGAGCAAGACGACGAAGAAGAGGUCGACGCUGCUGCCCCCGGCACCUACGCUGACGUUGACAUGAUGGAUGGCGAUCAUGAAGAGGGCUACGACGCUGACCAUAGGGAGGACUCACCUCGAGUUGGCGGUGGCUUGGCUUAG